GUGUAGCAGUCCUUUCAUCCACAGUGCAGGCUGUGUGGCUCGCUGCUCCGCCCGACAUCCUCUCUCCUCUGCACUACUGUCCUGUCUCCUCUCCUGAACAGCUGGGCAAAGGGCUGAUUGUGUCUCUUGGUUGAGGAGGAAAGAGCAAGCAGACUCCACUUACUCUAGCCAAACGGAGGAGUGUUUGCCCAAGAAAUAUUCUUCACUCUCUGGCAACUGGAUGGGAAGAAGGAGAAUCUUUGACCUUGGAAAAUGAAGAUGUUGUUGCCAUGGGAACUGUUAAUCCUUCUGUCACUCAAAGAGUGCCUGGCUGAGAAUACACGCCAUGGUCCUGUCUUCACCCAGGAGCCCAGUGACAGUAUUUUCCCACUGAGCACUGAUGAUAAACAGGUGUUUAUUAAUUGCAAAGCAAAAGGAAACCCACCUCCGCAUUAUAGGUGGAAAGUGGAUGGGAGGGAAAUAAACACAGAGUCAGAUCCAAACUACAACCUUGUGGAGGGGAACCUGUUGAUCAAUAAUCCUCAUGUCAUCAAUCAUGGAGGAGUGUAUCAAUGCAUCGCCACAAACACAUUUGGGACCGUUGUCAGCAGGGAGGCAAAAGUCCAGUUUGCAUUUCUGCAGAACUUCAGCAGGAAGCCAAGGAACACUGUGUCGGUGAGAGAGGGUCAAGCCGUGGUUCUGCUCUGCGGCCCUCCCCCCCAUUACGGAGAGAUCAAAUAUUCAUGGGUUUUCAAUGGACAGCGGAGCUUCCUGCGACAGGAUGCCCGUCGCUUUAUCUCUCAGAGGACGGGCAACUUGUACAUAGCCAAAGUCGAAGCCUCAGAUGUCGGGAACUACACGUGUGUGGUGAGAAACAUGAUGACCAAUGCCACAGUGUUCAGCUCUCCAACCCCUGUGGUGGUGCGGAGGGAUGUGGUGAUGGGUGAAUACGAGCCAAAGAUUGAGGUUCAGUUCCCUGACACCCUUCACGUCUCUAAAGGAUCAUCAGUGAAGCUGGAAUGCUUUGCCUUAGGAAACCCCGUGCCUUCCAUCUCAUGGAGAAGAGCUGAUGGAAAUCCACUCCCUGGCAAGAUUAAAAUCAACCACUCCAGUGGGGUUCUGGAAAUUCCAUAUUUUCGCCCAGAGGACGCCGGCGUGUACGAGUGUAUAGCCGAAAACAGCAGAGGACGAAAUGUUGCCAGAGGGCAACUUCUAUUCCACAAUGUUGAACAGCUGCACUGGGUCCAGACACUGAAAGAUGCUCACAUGGCAAUUGAUGCUAAUCUGCAGUGGGAAUGUAAGGCCAUCGGUAAGCCAAGGGCUACAUACAAAUGGUUGAAGAACGGCCAGCCACUAACAGCAGAGGGGAGGAUCCACGUGGAAGCUGGUAGACUGACCAUAUCCAGGAUUAGUCUGUUAGACUCUGGGAUGUAUCAGUGUGUGGCAGACAAUGAACAAGGAGCUGUCUAUGCCAGUGCUGAGCUUAAGGUUGUAGCCUCCCCACCUGACUUCACUCGCCGACCCGUGAAGAAGUCCACAGUGAUCCAGAGGGGGGGCGAGGUGGUCUUAGAGUGUCGCCCCCACGCUUCCCCCAGAGCCACAAUCUCCUGGUGGAGAGGAGGCGAGCUCCUGAAGGACAGCAAGAGACAGACUAUCAUGGAGGAUGGGACUCUACGUAUCACCAACAUCUCUAAAUCUGAUGGAGGCAGGUACACGUGUGUGGCCAGAAACCAUUUUGGAACAUCCAGCAGCACAGGAACGCUGGUGGUGAAAGAGCCUACCAGGAUUAUAGUUCCACCCUUGAGUUUGGACGCCACCGUGGGACAGAGCCUUGUGUUGCCAUGCGAGGUGUCCAGUGAUUCGUCCCUGAGUCCCAUCUUCAAGUGGUUUUUCAAUGGGAAAGCCAUUGAUUUCAGCAGGCAGGAACACUUUGAGAUGAUUGGAGGGGGAUUUGCAGGUGACCUGAUGGUGAGGAACAUUCAGCUAAAGCAUUCUGGGAAGUAUGUGUGUAUGGUACACACUGAAGUUGACACUGUUUCAGCAGCAGCAGACUUAAUUGUCAGAGGACCUCCUGGUGCCCCGGAGGGCCUGGUGGUGACUGAUAUUACUGACACCACUGUACAACUGUCCUGGGGCUCUGGACCUGACAACCACAGCCCUGUAACCAUGUACAUGGUACAGGCCAGGACCCCCUUCUCCAUAGGCUGGCAGACUGUGAGAACAGUUCCUGAUUCUGUGCCUGGACAGAUGAUGCAUGCAACGGUGAAAGAUUUGAACCCCUGGGUGGAUUAUGAAUUCAGGGUGGUGGCAAUCAACAGUGUUGGCGUUGGAGAACCCAGCACGCCAUCAAAACAGAUUCGAACCAAAGCAGCAGUUCCCAAGGUUGCACCAGUCAGUGUGAGUGGUGGUGGAGGAGCUCGAGGAGAACUUGUCAUCAUGUGGGAGCCGGUUCCAGAGGAACAGCAGAGCGGAGAGGACUUUGGCUAUGUCGUGGCUUUCCGCCCACUUGGCAGCAGCACCUGGAUCCAGACAGUGCUGGCAUCACCUGACGCAUCAAGAUAUAUUUACAGGAACGACAGCAUCGCACCUCUGUCCCAGUUUGAAGUGAAAGUGGGAGUCUACAACAGUGUGGGAGAGGGGCGAUUCAGCCGCGUCGUCACCGUGUUUUCUGCAGAUGAAGAGCCCUCUGAGGCGCCAUCAAGAGUAUGGGCCCGCGCUAUGUCAGCCUCUGAAAUCGAGGUGUACUGGGAACCAAUUCCCCCCGGGUCCAGCACUGAGAAGAUCAUCGCAUAUGAGGUGCUCUUCUGGGAGAAAGGAUCUCGGCAGAGUGAGGCGGAGAGAGUGAGGAUUAUCAACAACACAGCUCUGCUCUCUGGCUUGAAGGGCAGCACAGUCUAUCUGAUAUCAGUCAGAGCCCAAAACAGUGCUGGACUUGGACCCUGCAGCCCCCCUUUUAACAUCACCACCAAGAAACCACCUCCAAGUCAGCCUCCGGGAAAUAUUGAGUGGAACCUGACCAACUCUAAGAUCUUUCUAAAUUGGGAACAUGUCAAGGCGAUGGAAAAUGAGUCUGAGGUGACAGGAUACAAGGUUGUGUAUCGUCAGAACUGGAACGGCAAGACUACUGUACUGGAAACCAAUAAGACAAGUGUGGAGCUGCAAAUCCCCUCUGGAGAGGACUACCUCAUUGAGAUUAAAGCUCUGACCGAAGGGGGCGAUGGCACCAGCAGUGGCCCCAUCCGCAUACCAAAGAUGUCCAGUCUUAACUCAAACGGUUGUGUGACUCCAGCUCCAGUGAAGAUUUGUGGUUUCUGUUUUUUGUAUUUUCUAUGUUCAUUUUGUAGCUUCAGUUGCCUUCAUCUUUAGCUCUGGACAUUAGAAUGAAUAUAGUUUAUGAUUCUCUUCUACGUGUCAGAUUUUCAGCCAACUAAGAGUUUUUUCUCAACCACUGGUUUGCAAACCACAACUGGAUGAUGGCAGCGUUCUGACAGGUUGUCAAAUACCCACAAAUCUGUGGCUGGACUGUUACUCAUAGGCAACAGCAAAGUUAGAAACCAUUUUCAUCUGCUCAUUUUCAGGACCACUGCAAUCGUCCAGGAUGCAUGCGUUUGAUAAACACGGAAAGAUGAAUUCCUUAUCUGUCAUUUUAAAAUGAGCCUGAGCAAAGGUUCAUGUCCCAGUUUCCCCAUUCCACUGUCUGUUUAAAACCUAUUUUGCCUCAACUUCCAAGUUAUUUCUUGGCUUGCUGUGACCUCUAUGAAUGUUACAGACCAAAAGGUACACGUUUCUCUUGCUUCACGUACUACACACAUGGCAUAUGAAAUAAUAUCUAUUUACUUUGUUCUCAUCAUUUGGAUGGAAAGUGUUAAUCCUUUAUGUGAAAACAAAUUCAAUCCACAUCAACUCCCAGCUCUAGCUCCAUAGUUACUGCAUAUAUUUGACAUUAGUGUUGAUAUUAUCAUCUAAAUCUCUACAAUAAAACAAAUAAGCUUAUUUCCCAAAAAGUAUCCACUGGAAAUAAUACAUGCACCUAAUGUUUUGUGCAUGUUGGUAAGAAGAGGCUUUGGCUAUCUGACUAACAACAAACAAUGGUUCAUCCUUCGGUUCCUACCCAAUAGUGGGUGUACACACUUGUAUUCUCUUAAUUAUUUCUGUAAAUUGUAACUGUGUAUGUAUUUAUAUAUGUAGUGCCUGAUGCACAACCACAUGAGAGUUUGUUUAGUUUGUUUCACAAUUAACUAUUAGCUCAGCUUCUUAGUGUAAUGCCCAAACAAACCAGCAGUUUGCCUUAAAAAAGUGCACCACUGAUUCAGCAUUGUACUCCUGUAACAUUUAGUCAUGAUAGACAGUUUAAAAAAGGGAUUAAAAAAAAAUGAUUGCAGCAGAACCAGACACUUCAGACAGAUAUUGUGUGUUAUGUUAUUUAUGCUAGUAGCAGCUAUCAUAGCCUCAAGCAGAUAGCCUUGAGCAGAGAUCAAGGAGGAGGCUACAAAGGUCUGGUAAAUUCUCUUCUUUCUCUACAACCCCACAUUUUAUUUCAUUUUCAAACUUGUAGUCUUCAGCCCCAACCAAUGCUGACUCAAGUGACAUCACUUGAAGCAAUUUAUCAUCAUUUUAAAAGUUUUAUAAAGGCUCUAUACAACUUUUUUCACAUGUGCAGAAAUACUCCCCAAGACAACACACUAUGAUGUUUAAAAUCUGUGGAGUUCCCCUUUAGAUCCGCCAAACAAAUAUUUUGUAAUUAAAUCUCAACUUCUACUUUCUGUAGUCUUACUUAUUACUAUUACUUAUUUACUUAUUCAGAAACAUCGUGCAACUUGUUCCAAAAUGUUAAAACAUGUUAUGAUGUCAUGACUGGAUUUCAUCUACUGUAGUUGUUCCAGUUUCAGCCCCAGUGUUGUGCAUGCUGGCUCAAUAGCGCUGUUUGCUUACACACCUAAACAGAACAGAGCCAUUGUCAAUGUUAUACAUAACACUUGUACUUUCUUGUCAAAAUGUCUGCUGUGGAAAAGGCUGAUUGCUAAGGAGAAGCUCAGCUUGUCCUCUCUAAAUAUGCACGAAAUUACAUUACACCAUAAUGUAAUGUAAUGUAGCCCAAGCUGUGGCAAUUUCUGACAUUCCUUCUUUAAAAGACAGUCAUCAGGUCAUAAUUUCUACCCUUGGGUUAUCUCUCCUAAUAUACUCCAUAUUGGUUAAAUAUCUGUUAGGAGUCCGUGUUUGUUUAUUUGGGAUUAUAGCUCUACAGAUUCUUCAAAUGAAUAUCUGUCAUGCUGUUGCCUCCAAAGACCACGCUGCAUUUUUCAUGUUGGAUGAAACAAUUUAGGUUACAUGUGUAACCUGAUGUGACUACCACUCGCCACAGGUGUCAGCCAACCUUCAGGAUUAACACUUUAACACCAGCCUUUUUUCAUCCACAGUUAGAACAGCUGUAAUGGUUUUCUGUGUUGAUGUUAUGCAAGGAAACACUGCGGCUAAUCUUACAGUAUGAUGCUUUUUAAACAUGUAUCAAGGAAUGGGUUGUAUAUUGGGGACAGAUGUUAAGAUGAAUUCUUCACAGGUGUGUAACAAAGCUGCUUUGCCUUAUCAAGUUUAUAUUCUUCAAAGUUGCUGUCAACCUGUCUAUAAAACACAGAUUGUAAUUAUUUUGCAAAAGGGCAGGCUUAUCAAACAGAAUGUAGAAUGUUAUUGACUUUAUUUGUAAAAAUUGUAUUUUAUGUCAUUUUGUGUGUGGAAA